UUCCUGUCUUAAGGCAUCAACCCUCCAACUCUUCUGUUCGAUCGUUUUGUGUUCCAUUUGCGCAGAGGAGGAGUUGUUGUACUCAGUGGGAGCUGGAGUUUGUCUCAAGACCCAUUUGGCCAUCCUGUCACCGUCUCUACUUCGUUUUCAGCUACCUUUUUGGAUAAUGCUUAUGGAAUUUGAGGGGAAACUUGAGGUAAAAAUGCAGGAUGUGAAAUUCCAUGGCCAGUUUUUGGAGAAAAUGCUCUCUAACAGGAUACCUUCAGGGCACAAGCGCUUCGACAGUGAUUCCCAGAAGAAAAAUGGAGAAGACGAACUGAACUCUAUCCCUGGAGCAACCCAUGAUGCUAAAGCAGUUAACGGAAAGCCCAAUGGUGAAAGCGGGUUCGGGGACAACCCAACGCCUGGAGCUAAGGUCCAGAGCUCGUUAAAACAAGAGAUUUUGCAACUCGAAAAACGAUUACAGGAUCAACUCACAGUGAGAUAUGCUCUUGAAAAAGCGCUGGGAUAUAGUUCUUCUGCAAUAUGUUCCUCAAAGGAAACUUCAAUGCCAAAGCCAACAAAGGAACUGAUAAGAGAGAUAGCCAUAUUAGAGCUAGAGGUUACGCAUCUGGAGCAGUAUCUGUUGUCACUUUACCGUAAAGCUUUCAAUCAGCCAACAACUACACUGAGUUCCCAAUCAGAGCAACUUCAUGAAUCUGCAAAACAUAAGAUCUUGUCUACUAAAGGAAACUCCAGAGUUCAAUCGAGUCGAUCUGAAGUAACUCAGCAAUGGAAUAUCAACUCAGUGAAUGAUGAUUUCGAACUCAAGUGCCAUGACAAGUUUCUUGGUCCUGGUGUCUACCGCAGCCAUUCUUCUCUUUCUCACCGUGCAAUUUCUUCUGCUAGAAUAUCUCCUUCAGAAGAUAGCCUAGCAAGAGCUCUUGACCCAUUCCAUUCUCAGCCUUUGUCCUUUCAUGAGGAGGAACAAAAUGAUAAUUCAGGGGUGGUCAGCUUGGCUGAAUACCUUGGCACUAGUAUUGCUGAUCAUGCUGCAGGCACACCUAAUAAACUCUCAGAAGACAUGGUUAAAUGCAUGGCUACAAUAUAUUGCAAACUUGCUGAUCCAGCUUUGGUUUAUCAUGGCCUUUCUUCCUCUCCGGCUUCGUCCUUCUCAUCCAUGAGUGCACUAUCUCCUCGGUACUUGGGAGAUAUGUGGAGUCCUGGCUAUAAAAGAGAAACCACUUUAGAUUCGCGGUUGAUUACUCCAUUUCGAGUUGAAGGACUGAAAGAAUUCAGUGCACCGUACAAUUCUAUGGUGGAGGUGCCCUUAAUUUGUAGAGAGCGUCGGAGGCUCAAGGAUGUCAAAGACAUGCUAAGCAACUACAAGUUAAUCCUUCAGCGGCUAGAGACAGUCGAUCCGAGGAAACUAAAAAAUGAUGAGAAGCUUGCCUUUUGGAUAAACGUACACAAUGCGAUACUCAUGCAUGCACAUGUAGAAUAUGGAAUUCCAGAGGGCAACGUGAAAAGGACUUCUUUACUCAUCAAGGCUAUGUGCAAUAUUGGCGGUCGAUCCUUGAAUGCUGCCAUGAUACAAGGUUACAUUCUUGGGUGCAAAACACACUACACAGGGCAGUGGCUUAGGACAUUGCUUUACCCAAGACUGAAGCAAAAAGCUAAAGAUACGUGGAAAGGCUAUGCAAUUGAGCAACCAGAACCUCUUCUUCAUUUCGCGCUUUGUUCCGGCAGCCAUUCCGACCCUGCGGUUCGUGUGUAUACUUGCAAUCGAUUGUUCGAGCAGCUGGAGUCAGCAAAAGAAGAGUAUAUUCGCGCUACAGUUGGCAUUUUGGAGGAACAAAAGAUUAUUCUACCAAAGAUCAUAGAUUCAUAUGCUAAAGACACAAAGUUAUGCUCCCAAAUAUUGGUUGACAUGAUCCAGUGCUACCUUCCUGAGACUCUCAGAAUGGCAAUGCAAAGAUGCCUACAGAGCAAAUCCAAGAAGAUAAUUGAAUGGGUACCUCACAACUUCAAUUUUAGGUAUUUGCUUUCGAGAGACUUGGCAUUUCCUCAGCUGAACUGAGAACAAGAAUGAGUUGAGGUGCCAGGGCAAUAUGGCCCCAUUUCUUCUUCUUCAUUUUUUUUUUUUUUUGUACAAAAAAGGUUAACAUUUGUUGUAUAUUGAGAAGGUUGUUAUGUGUUAAAUGUGCAUAAUUCAGAUUAAGCGUGGUCAA